AUGAUGAGUUUGUAUGAUCUAGAGUCACUGAAGGCAGACUAUGCGAUACCUGAUUGUGUGGGGCUGAGGUUGCCCAUACCUACCGAAGCGGCUAGAUACCCUCCCGAGGGUUGCGUUAUGGUGUUCUCAGCCAUGUACAAACAUGGGGUUGAGGUUACCAUUGCAUCCUUGGGUGCAAAUGAUGCUUUCCAGACUGGGCUAUGCCCCUGGGCAGCAACAGGGCAACUUUGGCGGGGUGCAGGUCAACUGCCGAAAGGCGAAGGAGAGAGGGAGCUGAAGGAGACGACCCGGCGGCUGGAGGCGGUGGAGGAGGCUAGGCUCGAGUCUGAGAGGAGGAGGACCGAAGAGCUGAGCAUGGCUCGUGCCGAGGCUGUGGAGGAGUAUCAGGGCUCAGACAGGUUCAAGAGCCUUGUGCUGGACGCGAUGGGUCGAGGAGCAGUAUGGGUGGGAGAAACUGGUUGCGAGUCAUUGUUUGCGGCCACACCAUCUGCCGAGGCCACGAGUCCUUCGGAGGCUGAGACGCGGGGAGGUGCCGAUGCUAGCGGAGGGGAGUCGACCGUGGAUCCUGACACAGCUGCCGAGGAUGAGGCGGACGACCAUGCUGAUGCCUGA